AAUCAUCAUUCAUCCAUCUCUCCAAAAGUCCAAAAUGUCUGAUAAAAAUGAGAAAAAUCAACCGGAAAAUAAAAUUGAAGGAAAUACUGAUGGAUUAGCUACAUCUAAGAGAAAACGAAACAAACAGAAGAAACGGCAAAAUGAAGUUGAAGAAGAAAAUAUCGAAAACAAUACAGAUAUUGUACAGGCUGAAAACAAUAUCUCAAACUUAUCAGCCCCAAUUAAUACAAUAUCCAUAAAAGACCUGAAAGCUGCAAUGGAAGUAUUUUCAUUAUCACAAAAACCUGCGAAAACCUCUGAGGAAGCUUUGAAAAAAUCUUAUCAGUUUUGGAAUACUCAGCCUGUGCCUAAAUUGGAUGAAAAAAUUACUGGCAAUGAAGCUAUAGAACCCAACAAAGAAGUAACAGAAAUAAGAGCAGAACCUUACACUUUACCAGAUGGUUUUAUGUGGGAUACAUUAAAUUUAGAUGAACCCUUAGUCCUUAAAGAAUUAUAUACACUUCUCAAUGAAAAUUAUGUAGAAGAUGAUGACUGCAUGUUCAGGUUUGAUUAUCAACCUGAAUUCCUCAAAUGGGCACUGCAGCCUCCAGGUUGGAAAAAAGAUUGGCACUGUGGGGUGAGAGUUGUCAAAAGUGGAAGAUUAGUUGGUUUUAUUUCUGCUAUACCAGCAACACUCAAUGUAUACCAAAAAACUCAGCAAAUGGUAGAAAUCAAUUUCCUUUGUGUACACAAAAAGCUGAGAUCAAAACGGGUCGCUCCAGUCCUGAUCAGGGAAAUAACCAGACGUGUACACCAAUAUGGUCUUUUUCAAGCCGUCUACACCGCCGGUAUCGUGCUGCCUAAACCGGUCAGCACUUGUACGUACUGGCACAGGUCCCUCAAUCCGAAAAAGUUGAUUGAAGUGAAGUUCUCUCACCUAUCGCGCAACAUGACCAUGCAGAGGACUUUGAAAUUGUACAAAUUGCCCGAUAAAACGAAGACUCCCGGCUACAGGAAAAUGACUGCGGCCGAUGUGCCAAAGGCCCACAAAUUGUUAGUAGAGUACCUAGCUCGGUUCGAUUUGGCACCACUAUUCAGCGAAGAGGAAUUCAUACAUUGGUUCCUGCCGCGGCCCAACAUAAUCGACAGUUUCAUAGUGGAAGUCAACGGCGAAGUAACGGAUUUCGUCAGCUACUACACAUUGCCUUCGACAGUGAUGCACCAUCCGGUGCAUCAAUCCCUCAAAGCUGCGUACUCCUUCUACAACGUGUCGAAAGGUACGCCCUGGGUGCAACUGAUGACCGACGCGCUGAUUUCCGCCAGGCAAUUGAAUUUCGACGUUUUCAAUGCUCUGGAUUUGAUGGACAACUCCGAGUUUCUGUUGCAACUGAAGUUUGGAAUAGGUGACGGUAAAUUGCAGUACUAUUUGUAUAAUUGGAGAUGUCCGAGCAUGCAGCCUUGCAACAUCGGUAUAGUUUUGCAAUAGAUAUUUUGAAUGAUCAUUUAAUGGUGGGAUGAUGAUAUUUUAAUUUAAUGUACUUUCAAAGGACUAAAUAAAAUAAUUCCCGGUUUCAGAAGGGAGAUAGUCACAUUAUUCUAAUGUUGGCAUUUUUAUUGUUCACAAAGAGCCUGCAACGUUAACAAUUAUUUAUUUUCUUUAAAUAAUUUUCACGUUUUUGUUGGUGUAAAUGAAACUAGUCAUAUAUAUAAAUUUUGCUUGAAAUUCUAUUGAAAUUAGAUGAACGAUGAUGUGUUUGAGGCAUAUAUUUUUUACUAUCAUAAUGUAUAAUAAAAUUGUACCAGUCCAAUUUGUAGAAAAUAUUGAACUCAUUGCAAUAUAGACGAGAUGGUUCGUCUUGCAUUCUGUCCAGGAUAGAAUUUACCUUUUCAAAUGGCUAUCAACCAUUUACAUGAAAUAUUCCGAAAAUAUUAUAUCUAGGGCCUUGUGAAUAAGGUCACCCAUGAGAAGAUAUUAUUUUAUUAACCUUCUGGCAACUGUUAGUGCAAGCUGAACAAUUAAAUUAAGUUCAAAACAGUUUGAUGAAAACUAGAACAAUAUGAUUGAGCAUUAGUCACCAAAUUCUUGAACUACAUAAAUAUUAACUCAAAAUUUAAAUUGAAUGAAAAUAACUUGCGAUUUCACUUUUUUUGACGCUCUGCGCAUACUCGUCCACCAACAGUUCAAGACAGUUCAAUACAACGUAUAACUGAGAAGUAGCAUUGCACUUCCAUUUGUUCUUAUAGGUCAUUGGUUUCCAAUAGUUACAUCUCACUUCUCAUAUUGUUAUUAAUGCCUCUCUCUAUUCUAGUAAUUCAGGGGUCGGCAAACUUCAAGAGCCAAUUUUUUUCAAUAAUUUCAAACUGGAUCAAUAACCACCUAUGUUUUUUUUUUCAAAGUCAUAUACACUGUGUGGAAGAUAAAUAUUGGGAUCGUUUCAAUUCAUAUCAGACGUUAUUUAAAAAGACAUAGAAAAACAAAAGACACUAUCACAUUGCCACUUUUUAAGCUCUACAAAACAGCGAUUAUAGAUUUGCCGUAGGACGUCUCUUUUCGGAAAAAACAUCAUCAACCUUACUCCAUGAUAGAUAUCCUUAUCUUGGACACACUGUAUACAUUUUUGUUCUGUAUUUUUCAAUUAAAUAUCUGGUUGAGAUUAAAUAUUUUUAUUUCUUUGAAAAACAAACUUUAUUCUAAUAGGUAGAUCAUAGUGUUAUAGGUACUCAACAUUAGGAAAAUGUGAUUCACUAGAUUACUCACAGCAAUCGAUCUGUGCCGUUGUUUCUAUUUGUAUUUUUCUUUCCCUUGGGAUUUUCAAUUCAGUUGACACUUUCUCAAAUUUGGAGCUCCACAUAUCCUUGUUUUGUAUGUCAAACAUUUUGUACCUUGAUCAAUACUUAAAGGAGAAAAUAUCAAAUCUGCACUAAUGGUAAUGAAAACCAACAUCGUUAUACGAUUUCUUAAAUCCAUAGAAUCUGAUUUGAAAAGAUUUUUGAAUAUCAAUUAUGACUGUUCCUGUUGGGUAAUACACGACUUCAGAAUUAUUUUUAACUUUAUAUGUUGAUACUUUUGUUAUCUUUCCAUCUAUUUCUGAAGAGCCAUGCUCAUACCAGAAGAAUCACACUUUCCUGACCCCUGUAGUACUUAAAUAUUGAUAGAUCGUCCGUUGGCGGUGUACCUGUUUUUGACCAAUGAGGGAAAAUGGCAAUCAAAUUCAGGUUCGUCAAUCCACAUGUUCCAACAUAGUGUGUUUCAAAGAAUGGAAAGGCCAGUUAAAAAAUAUGGAGGACUAAACUGUAUGUAUUUCUGCCUUUUACACACUAUGAACAAUGCUCAUAUAGUCUGUUAGAUUUGCCUUGAACACAUUUGUUUUUAAAUAUCAACAAUUCGAAGUUGAAAGUUUGUAUAUAUUACUCAACUCAAGGUUAUCGCAGUUUCAUUACCAUUUUACCAAUUUCUAGUGAGCCAUAUGUAUUUUUUUCAGAAAUUGACUCAUGUUCUAUAGUUAUAAUUGUUUAUGCUUAUAAAAAUUUAUUUGUUAUUUACUUGAUAAUAAAUGUUAUCCAGUAUAAGUAUCACUUUGAUAAUAAAUUUUUUGUUGUACUCUU